AUGAAAACUGCCCUUGUAACAGGAGCAAAUUCAGGUAUUGGGUUGGAAACAUGUAGAAAGUUAUAUUUACAAGGAUACAAAGUUAUCCUUGCUGUUAGAAAUGAAGAAGAAGGGAUUAAAGCAAAAUUUUUAAUUUCAUUAAAUGAAAAUGAGGAACGCCUUAUUGUUCGAAAUUGUAAUUUAUGUGAUCUUGUGACUAUUGAAAAUUUAGCUUUGUCAUUAAAAAAUGAUAAUAUUUUGCUGGAUGUGAUUGUAUGUAACGCAGGCCAUGAAUAUUUGUUAGAAAAAUUGUUAGAAAUGGGAAUUAUAAAAGAAACACGAAUUGUUGUUGUCACAUCUGGUUUUUACAAAAAAAUUGAUAAAAUGUUUGAUAUUAACGAUAUCUCAGGAAAUUUUUUAUCUAAAAAACAACCAAACAUUUAUUAUAGCAUUUCAAAACUUGCAAAUUGUUUACAAGUAAUAAAUUUUCAAGAAAAAUUAAAUGUCUUGGCUCCACAAUCAGUAAUAGUUGCUGUACGACCAGGUUUUGUACGCGGAACUAAUCUUGGAAGGCAUACACAUUUUUUACUUAGAUUACUUGCAACACCAAUAAUAUAUUUAGUUGCAAAAAAUGUUGAUCAGGGGACAAGAACAAUAAUACAUUGCGCUACAUGCCCAAAAGAAGACAUUGAAUCUGGAUGUAUUUAUGCAGAUAAUCUAAAAGAGGAAUACACUUCUAUUGUUUCGAAGGAAAAUGGAGAAAAAUUAAUUGAGAUUACUCAAACUUUGUUAAACGAACAAAUUAAAGAUUAA